AUAAAGGGAGCCGGGCUGUGCAGUCAGAACUCAGAUCAACUCCUCUACUGAAGCUAAACUCUAGCUUUCACAAGAAGAACGCAAAAGAAGACAGACUGACAAGAGAUCAACUCGAUCGGAAGACGUUUACGAGCUCAAACGCUGAGACUAAAGGAAGACUUUCUCCACGAAGACUUUGGAAGAAUCUGACUUGAUCACUGAAAACGAGAAAAGAUGUUUGCUGGAGUGAAGAAAAUGGUGAUUCUCCCUGUGUUGUGCGUCAUGUUUUCAUGCAUGGCUGCAGGUCAGGACUGCAGCGGACAGUGUUCCUGCCCCUCCACUCCACCUCAGUGCCCCCCAGGAGUGAGCCUGGUGUUGGACGGUUGUGGCUGCUGCAGGGUGUGCGCCAAACAAAUGGGGGAGCUCUGCACCGAGAGAGACGUCUGCGACCCACACAAAGACCUUUACUGUGACUUUGGAGCCCCAAUCAACAGACGUAUUGGAGUGUGCACAGCUCGAGAGGGAGCCACUUGUGUGUUUGGAGGCAUGGUGUACAAAAGUGGGGAGUCAUUCCAGAGCAGCUGCAAGUACCAAUGUACCUGUCUGGAUGGAGCCAUGGGCUGUGUCCCACUCUGCUCCAUGGACAUCCGCCUGCCCAGUCCGGACUGCCCAAUGCCAAGGCGCGUCAAAGUGCCAGGGAAGUGCUGCGAGGAGUGGGAGUGUGACUCUUCCUUUACAACCAGCAUGGGCUCUGUUCUGGCUGCCUACAGAGAGGAGGAGACUUAUGGUCCAGAUCCCAACAUGAGGAGGGAGAACUGCCUGGUGCAGACUACUGAAUGGAGUGCCUGCUCCAGAACAUGUGGCCUUGGGAUUUCCACGAGAGUCACCAACGAUAACCGUGAAUGCCGCCUAGAAAAACAGACCCGGCUGUGUAUGGUGCGACCAUGUGAGUCACAGCUGGAACAAAGCAUCAGGAAAGGAAAGAAGUGCAUCCGCACACCCAGAGUCUCCAAGCCCAUGAAGUUCGAGAUCUCCGGCUGCACCACAACCAAGUCCUACAGGCCAAAGUUCUGCGGCGUCUGCCUGGACGGCCGCUGCUGCACCCCACACAGAACCACCACCCUGCCCAUGGAGUUCAAAUGCCCCAACGGGGAGGUCAUGAAGAAGCACAUGAUGUUCAUCAAGUCCUGCGCCUGCCACUAUAACUGCCCCGGGGAGAACGACAUCUUCGAAUCGAUGUAUUACAAGAAGAUGUACGGCGACAUGGCGUGAGCUAAAGAUCGACGACCAAACCUUGUGACUUGAAAGAAAAAAACAACAAACAGAACUCCAUCUCAACUUGCAGCUCAGUAUAUAAUUUUUAUAAAAAUAUAUAUAUUUUGUCAUUUCCUCAUUGUAAACGAAGCCCAGACACUUGUCUUUGUGUCUGUGAGUGAUGUAUGGCUCAGACAGAGGGUUGCCUAGCAACUCCAAAAGAUUUCUGCACUAUAACUUUUUAUUUUAUUUUUAUGACAAGCCUACUGUCUGGUUUCCGUCCUGAAAUUCUUUAUUUUUUUUAAAUUCGCCCAGUUUUCUGUUAUAUUUUAACGCUGACCUCCUCUUUAGAUGAGAUGUCUAAUUAGCCCCCCCCCCCCCCAAACCCGAGUCCAAGACCAGCGCAAGCUAGUAAACAGCUCUGAAUGGGUCCUGUGUGUUUGAACGUGUGUGAGCCUUGUCCAGGUGUGUGUGCGGGUGUGUACAGACUAGAGCAAAGGUCAGAGCUUCAGCCCAACAUGUGGACAAGAACCCAGCUGAGUUUGGGGUUUGAUGUGAAACCCAGCUGCAAAGGCACUGAGGACAGAAGGAAAUAAAACUCAUUACAGGUUCAGGUCAGAAGAAAGAAACCAAACAUCUUUAAAAAAUAAGAUGCUAAUUUGUACAAAAACCUGAAGAACAGACUGGAAGAAUUGUACUUUCAUUCCUUUUUUGAUUGUUCAUAUGUAAAUACUGUAUAUAUUUGUACAGUUUAAGUUAAUUUAAAAAGCUGAAAUUGUUCUGUGCUUCAAAAUCUAUUAAUAUUGUUUUUAUUUCAACUUUAUUUUGUACUGUUUUGUUGAGAAGUGUGACGAAAAUGUUACAUGUUUCACUGUGUAGCUGGAAAUAAAAUCCUAUUUUUUUAUACAAAUGA